ACAGACGUCAACCAGCCACUUGCAACAUCAUGGACACAGACAAAGACAAUGGCCUCAAUCACACAAACGGCUCCUCACAGCGUCAAGACACAGAAUUGUUCUCAUCUGAAGAAGACAGCAGUCUCUACUUCACCUACAGUGGAGGGCGCAACGAGCUGGAGGUCAACAACCUGCACUAUGAGGUGGACACAGCAGCUCAGAUCCCCUGGUAUGAGAGGUUGUCAGAGUUCAAGUUGCCAUGGGAGAUAAAAGGAAACAAGCAGACAGCCAUCAACAAGCUCAGCCUCAGAGUACGCAGCGGGCAGAUGCUGGCUGUCAUCGGCAGCUCAGGCUGCGGUAAAACAUCUUUGCUGGACAUAAUAACGUGUCGGGAUGAAGGCGGGUCAAUGACAUCUGGCCAGGUUCUGAUCAACGGGAAGCCCAACACACCCCAGCUGGUGAAGAAGAACAUCGCUCAUGUUCGCCAAGACGACCGCCUCCUUCCUCACCUCACCGUCCGCGAGACUCUCGUCUUUGUAGCCAAACUGAGGCUCCCCACCCACUUCACGCAGGCUCAGCGGGACCAGAGGGUGGAUGAUGUCAUUGCAGAGCUGCGGCUGCGACAGUGUGCACACACCAGGGUGGGAAACGACUAUGUGAGGGGUGUUUCUGGAGGGGAGAGGAGGAGAGUCAGUAUAGCUGUCCAGCUUCUCUGGAACCCUGGUAUUUUGAUUCUGGACGAGCCCACGUCAGGUUUGGACAGCUUCACAGCCCACAACCUGGUGAUCACACUGUCCCGCCUGGCCCGGGGAAACCGCCUGGUCUUGCUGUCGGUCCACCAGCCUCGAUCAGAUAUCUUCCAGCUGUUUGACCUCGUCGUCCUGCUCUCAUCAGGUUCAGCUGUUUACUGCGGCCCUGCUCGUGACAUUGUGCCUUACUUCACUGCACUGGGAUACCCCUGCCCACGAUACUGCAACCCCUCUGACUUCUAUGUUGAUCUGAUCAGUAUAGACCGGCGCAGUCCGGAGCAAGAGGCCGAGUGUUUGGAGCGGGCCAGAGUUCUGGCUGAGCUCUUCAACGAAAAGGUCAGAGACACAGACGAUCACAUGUGGAAACCAGCUGGGAGCAGCACAGCACCAACACAAACUGGCAGCUCUCAGCAGCCCAGCGAGGUAGCAGGAGAAGAAGUCAUCACUAUCUCCAAGCAGAGAAACAGAUUGCCUGGCAGACUACACCAAUUUACCAUCCUCAUCAGGCGUCAUAUGUAUAAUGACUACAGAGACCUGGUCACCUUAUUGGUCCACGGCUUCGAGGCCCUCCUCAUGUCACUGCUGGUCGGUUGUCUCUACUACGGGGCAGGAGAGGAACGUCUCUCCAUUCAGGACACCGUGGCUCUCCUCUACAUGAUCGGAGCUCUCACCCCGUUUGCUGUGGUGCUGGACGUCAUAGCUAAAUGUCACACAGAGAGAGCCAUGCUCUACCACGAGCUGGAGGACGGCAUGUACUCUGUCACCUCUUACUUCUUCGCCAAGAUCCUGGGGGAGUUACCAGAGCACUGUGUGUUCACCUUGGUUUACGGUCUGCCUAUCUAUUGGCUGGCCGGGCUCAACGAGGCUCCGGACCGUUUCCUGCUCAACUUCCUGCUGGUGUGGCUGAUGGUUUACUGCAGCCGAGCCAUGGCUCUGUUUGUAGCUGCUGCUCUGCCCACCCUGCAGACCUCAGCAUUCAUGGGCAACGCUUUGUUCACUGUCUUUUAUUUGACUGGAGGUUUUGUCAUCAACCUGGAGAAUAUGUGGCUUGUGGCCUCGUGGUUCUCUCACGCCUCCUUCAUGCGUUGGGGUUUUGAGGGAAUGCUGCAGGUGCAGUUCAGAGGCAACAAGUACCCCGUCACCAUUGGAAACCUCACCAUAAAUGUUGAUGGAUUACACGUGGUGGAGGCCAUGAACAUGAACCAGUACCCUCUGUACUCGUGCUACCUGGUGCUGCUGGCAGUCUGUCUGUGCUUUAUGGCGCUCUAUUACGUGGCCCUAAAAUUUAUCAAACAGAAGUCCAGUCAAGACUGGUGAACAAAUCUGGACCAAUUUCUACAAUCAGACCAAAUGUCAUCUGAAGUCACACACAAAUUCAGUUGUGCACAGUUUACUAUAGGAAGCGGUAAAAAAGUAAUUUGGGUUCUAGUUCGACUGGUUCGACACUGAGCCACGCUUCCUGUUGUUUGUUUUAGUGUUAGCUGUUCUCAUUUCAGAGUGAAAAACUCUUAAUUUAGGAGAGGAAAAUGAUAUAUUUGUAUUGUAUUUUUAGAAUCUUUACAAAAAUGUCAACAUCAGAAACUCUCUUGCACUCUUUUAAAUGGUAGAAACACACGUCAUAACCACCCUGGCACCUCAAGGUGUGAAAAAUGUCACACAUAAUUCCUAAAAGUGCAUCAGUUCCUCUCAUUGUUGAGUGAUGAAAACGACCUCAACGUGUACCCAGCGUUAACAGUUUAAAUAGGGAGUGUUUAGUAAAUUUUGAGGAAAAAGAAAGUUGAGAGUGAGUGUGAAACAGUAGAAGCACUUCUUGCAGUAACGAUGUCUGCUGCUGGAUGGCAGCAGAGCUCUGCAGUAAAACCAAAGUUAAAAUUAUGAUUUUUUUUUUUUCUUUUCUCUCCCUCUCUUCUUCAUCUUGGCAAAUGAUUAGAGCGCCACUUUGGCAGAUAUCCAUCUGGAGCUUUUGCUUGUUCCAUUUUCAAUCUUCUUUUUUUCUACAGCUUUAUCUUUUUUGUAUAUGUAAGGUUAUUAAGCUUAACAAUGUGUGUGCCAGUAUAGGGAGCACUGAAAAAAAGCCUAGUAGAGAUUUAGUAAGUCACACUCAGAAAAAAAAAGAGCUUGUACUUGUUGUGUCCUCAUAGAUUGAAGAUUAUGUAAGCUGUGUGUUUUUGCACUGGUGCAAAAGCCUGAUAAAUAUAUUACCUACACGGUUUAAGUCCAAAUUAGUAAAGUAUUAAAUCAAAUUCCUCCUCUUUA